GCGCAGCUGCUGCAGCUGUUGGGAGCACUGCGGGGGACUGCGGGGGGCUGCGGGGUCCGGGAGGCCAAGACUGCUGGGGCAGUGCCAGCUAGCUCCCCACGCUCACUCGUGAAGUGAAGCGGGUGGAGGAUAUUCUUGAACCCAACUUGUAAGGUCGCGGAGAAUGGAGCAGGGAAAAAAGUUCAUUGAACUGAAUUGAAUUUGGAUUGAUGGGAUUGCACUGACCUGAACUGAACUGAACUGAAUGGAGCAGAAUUGAAUUGAAUUGAACGGAACUGAAGUGAAUUGUUGAAUGAUGCUCUUAGCGUGACCCGCGAUCUUUGCAAAGGGCUGGUAACUUUUACCCUCUUCCCCAGUCCCUUCUAGACUGACUUUUUUUUUUUAAUUCAUUGUAGCAAUUUCAUCCUAGAACAUGGACCUUCCUUUGUACCUGUGUGUGGGAUUCUUGGUGCCUUUGGUGGCGGCGCUGGACUUCAAAUAUCACCACCAGGAAGAGAUGGAAGCUUUUUAAAAUGUUGCCCAAACCCACGAUUCCAUAACUCACUUACACAGUAUUGGGAAAUCAGUGGCAGGUAGAAACAUGUGGGUUCUUGUUGUGGGAAGGUUUCCAAGGGAACACAGAAUUGGGAUUCCAGAGUUCAAGUACAUCGCUAACAUGCAUGGAGACGAGUCUGUAGGACGGGAGUUACUCCUCCAUCUGAUAGACCACUUGGUUAAGAAUGAUGGAAAGGACCCUGAAAUCACCCGCCUGAUUAAUAACACUCGGAUACACAUCAUGCCUACUAUGAAUCCAGAUGGAUUUGAAUCUGUCGAAAUACCCGACUGUUAUUUCUCAAAUGGCAGGUUCAACAAAAAUGAAUACGAUCUGAACAGGAAUUUCCCUGAUGGUUUUGAAAAUAAUUCUGAGGCAAUACAGCCUGAAACUCAAGCAGUAAAGAAUUGGCUGAAAUCUGAGACAUUCAUCCUCUCUGCUAACUUACAUGGCGGAGCCCUGGUGGCCAGUUACCCAUUUGAUAAUGGUGUCCCAGAGACUGGAACAAAACGGGGCCAUAGCAUAACCCCAGACAAUGACGUGUUCGAGUAUCUUGCAUAUACCUACUCUUCAAGGAAUCCUGAAAUGAGAGUAGGAAACUUUUGUAAAAAUAGUGUGAAUUUCCGCAAUGGUAUAACAAAUGGGUACACAUGGUACCCACUCAAAGGUGGGAUGCAAGAUUACAACUACAUCUGGGCACAGUGUUUUGAAAUUACGUUGGAGGUGUCAUGCUGUAAAUAUCCACCAGCAGAAAAUCUCCCAAACUUCUGGAAUAAUAACCGAGACUCACUUAUCAGCUACAUGAAACAGGUUCAUCUAGGUAUUAAAGGUCAAGUUUUUGAUGUGAACAAAAAUCCAAUACCAAAUGCAAUAGUGGAGUCUAAUGACAGGAAACACAUAUGCCCCUACCGAACCAACAGAUUUGGAGAAUAUUAUCUUCUUCUUCUGCCUGGAUCCUAUACAAUAAAUGCUACUGUCCCUGGACAGGAAACAAUCCUAAAGCAAGUGACCAUACCAGAGAACAUGCAGAACUCCACCGCGCUUAGGAUGGACUUUCAUUUCCCAUUCCAAGUGAAAUCAAAUUAUAAUGUGACCACCCAGGUUUCAUGUUCUGAGGUUCCUCUUUACAUGUAUUUUAGGAGCCAUUCUGAUAGACUGAAGUCACGUUUUAUCGUCUUAUUUUUAUUGACUUUUGUGUCUAUCUUUCACAUAAAGUAAACCAUGAGAACUGUACCUCCCCCUACCCCAAUUCCAGGAUGUGUAACGAACUACCAUCCCUUCAAGCCAGGCCACCUCAACCUUGCCCACUCUGUCUUUUCAGCUGCCUGGUCUCCAUGGACUUUUCCCUAAGAUGGGGGGGCAUUCAUUUCCCACAGAGCUGGAUAUUCCUGAAUCAUUCAAACUAGGUGGAAUAACCUCCGUAAUAAUUGUAAGAUGCUCAUAAAAUCAUGCCAGAAUCAUGCCCAUAAUGAUGCUGCUCAGAAAUUCCAAAAUGGAAUGUCAGGUACUUGUUAAGGUGGGUAAGGUGGUCUUCCCUCAACUUCCACAGUAGAACCUGCUGGCUCCAUCACAGCUAGGCAGGGUUUGAGGGAGACCAGAAUCAUCCCCUGGUCUAUCAAACCUGCCUUAGGUCUUGACCAUCUGUCAUCUGAUUCAUCAAAGUGUAUGUAUUUUCACCUUGUCACUUGGAAGCUCUGAUCUCUGAAUGACCUCUCAUUCUUCAGCUUUUAAAACAGGACUUUUUACCUAUUUACCAAGAAAUGCAUGGAUAGAUUUCAGGUGGCCAUAAACUUGAGAUGGGGGGUGGGGAGAGGGAUUAAAUAUUUUCACUGAAAUUUAGCAUUUACUUCAAUUACUAUUUUUUAAAAAUAUAUUAUUCUGAGAUGGGGUCUAUAUGUUUCAUCUGACUGCAAAAAUGGUCAAAAACACACACAAAAAAGAAUUUAAAACCCUUUCUUUAAAACAAUCAGCCUUAACAGCCCAAUCCAUUAAGAGCUUAAUUCAGCCCUCUUUCACCUCCAUUAGCAUGGGAAUUCUUUGAGUAGGAUACUUGGGAAGGAAAACCUUUAACUUGGGAAGGCUAUGGAGGGAGGGUAAAUGGGUGACUCAUAGAAGUUCCGAGAUUAUUAGUGGAGCUGAAUUAGGCCCAAAGGCUACCUUGGAGAAAGUAUACCUGUAUAUCACAAAGAAAGGAAGAUAUGAAGAGGAAGGCACAUAAUGCUAGCUGCUUCCACUACUUUCUCAAUUAGUACUGUGGCUAGGCUUGAAGUCAUUUUGGGAAACAUAAAAAUUAAUGCAUAUAAAGUAGUUCCUACAAGAAGAAAAAUGGAACUAACCCACUUUGCACAAUAAAUGAAUUCAUAAGAGUGAGAUCAAAAUCAAUCAAUUAACACAAGACCUUUGUCAAGUGGUGGAGGCUGGUGGUGCAGGGAUACAAAGAUUUUUUGUAGGGUUUAGAGAAAAUGAAUGCUAGAAUUAUUGGUCAAUAUUUAAAGUUACAUUAGCUGGCUGGACCGGAGUAAAAUGUGGAAACCUGCUUUGCCAAGAUGACUGGUCACUACAUCAGGACAAGGCUAGACAUUGUCUCAUUGAGGUCAGAGAUCAGUUUUUUGGUUUGUUUGGUUUUUUUUUUUAACGACUAGCCAGUCUUUUCUCCCUUCUCCUUAACGCUUCCAGCACAUUCUUCAUCUGUCCUCCUAGUUUGGACUUGCUUCUACUGUUUGGCAUAUUAAAAUCAUAGAGGUCAGGAAUUCUGGCAGAAGAUGGAGAGGUCAUAUGGAGGGUAUAGAUUGUAGAACGAUACCAAGUGCAAACUGUCUAGGUAUGAAUGCCAUUACUGGUGCUAUGAGGAAUGUGGUGUAUUCACCAAUGAAUUGACAAAGGGCCUGCAGGACCAAAUGGAGCCAUAGGAGCAGGAUUCCAGGAGUAUAGUCCUACUACAGGCCCCUACUCAGAAGCUGUGUAGGAUCCUGGAUCCCCUGACGGAAACAUGUCCUGAAGCAAUGCCAUCUCCACGCACUAGCAACCCACAUAGAGUGUUCAUAUUUAAGUCAGUAAAUAAAUCUAGAAACAAUGGCUUUACUGAGCCAAACAUUAUUAUUGCUGUUACUGCUACUGUUGUUGUUAUUAUUAUUGGUGCUCUUAAAACAGUAUGUUACCAUAAGUACCAUUACAAUUAAUUUGAUUGUAACGGAUAGCUAUAUAAGUGAAAUCUCUGUUCUAACACUUCAAGCAAUACUCAAAAUACAACAAAAUAGAAGUACCAAAAACGUACUCUUCUGAAUAUAGGAUUGUUUGGGUGUGUCCCACAAUUGGUGUAUUUUCAAAGAAAUCUCAUUUCAGAGGUGUGGCCCGUAUGUUUAGACCAGCUGGUCAUUUUCCUUAGGGUUAACACCAUAAUGGAAUUUGACCUACACAACAAAUGAGAAAAAUACCAUCUACUUCUGGUGAGCCAAACAGCCUCUGAGAAACUCAACACAGGAAGCGAAUUAAUUUCUUUAAUUGUUCUUAUCAUAUUGAAAAAUGCUCAUAAGGCACAGAGACCAUGUUGAAUCUGUUCAAUUGUGCCUUGAAACUGGAGGGUGCUUAAAAUAUAGAAAAACAAAAAGGGGACCAUGUAGAAAGGAACCAAAUGAUCCAAUCUCCUAAGAGAAGGAAUUUGCUUUCUCUAUAUAAUUGUACCCUACAUCACGAUACUCUUAAUACAAAUUAGUCAUGAUGGUUCACUAGGAGAUGAGCGAUAAAGAUUCAAGUUUGGUCCACCACGGCUGAUUCCCCCCAGCUUUUCCUACUGCUGUUAGCACUUUACUUAAAGGUACUGUAUGGUAAUCAAUCAGCAUGGAGGAGCACCUGUUAAUGUCUCCAUUUUCCUCCCUUUUAUUUAAACCAUUAGGACAGAAAUACAUAACGCAAAAAUUCUUAAAGCUUUGUAUCUGUAUUUACAAUAUGUUGUGUCAGUGUGCACAGUUUAUAAAAGUAUUCUUAUAUGCUCUGGUUGAAUUAACCAAAUGUUUUGAUAUUUUAUGUUUUUACAUGUAUCUUGAAAGCACAUUGCAGAAGAAAGUCUUCAUGGUGAUUAAAUUGGUCUUGUAAUUAUAUAAAAUCUGUAUUACUAAAUUUUCAUUUGAAUAUUU